AGAAGGCUGAGGGAUCUAGUGAUAUAUUUGAAGAAGGGGAAGAAUCAGAGAAUGAAAUAAAUUUCACUAGUUUCAUAUUAGAGAAACCAACAACUUGGCUCCCAGAGACAACUGUAGCAUAUCAGGAACUCGUGGCUAUUAUUUCACAUGAUCAAUUCAACUCUCUCAAGGUUCCACGAAAUAUAUGUUCAUUGAGACGAUAUCGUCUAAGACUACCUAUUCUUCCAGUUCAUCAGCAUAAAGGAGAAGACAGAACAGAAUUUUGGCAUGGAAAAAUUUGGUCUGAAUCCCCUUUGUUUAGUGAUGAUAUACUAAAAAUCACAUUUCCAGGGUUUGUACCAUUUGGCGCUAAAUUUGCAGAUUUUAUAAAACCAUUUAUAACAGAUAUGCAACAGUUACAGAGUGGAAUUCGAAUGGCCAGAGCAAUUUAG